AUGGCUCCCAAGGAACAUCGUUUGGACGCCCCCGAGCACGCCGAAGCCAAACUUAUGCCUCCAAUCGUCGAGAACACAAAAUCUCUUCCUCUCCCAAACGAAAUUGUCUCUCUCAUUGCCGAUUCAGCUCAAGAUCUUAUCCCGUUGACUCUGGUCUCGCGUCAAUGGUAUCAUGCCGCCCAGUCUCGCCUCCACUGGCGAAUCAGUGUCUCUUCCGGAGCAUCCUGCAAACAUUGGAGUAGAAAAUUCAACAAGUUUCCGCAUCUAGCAAGUUUUGUUCGAGUCUUGGAGCUCUCCGACCCUGACGAUGAUUGCCUAGGAUCUCCCUAUCUGCGAAGCCAACCUGCGAAAACGCUUGUGGCAGCUCUUGCAGGGGUGACACGGCUCGAAAUAGUCGAUUUCGUACGCUGGGGGCCUACCGAACAGAGAUUCGUUAAGAGUUUCUGUAAUUUGGAGCGUCUUUCUGUUGGUCGAAUGCCAUGCAUGAGUCGAAGCAAGGAUUUGCCUGUUCUUGUUUUCUCUUUCCCGAAGCUGUCGGGGUUGAUGAUAUACGGAGAUGUUGGAACAAAGUACAAUCCCGAGGAAGCUGCAUGUAUUAUCGAGGCCGGGCACUCAUUGUGCAGACACCUUCCCUCGGAUGGUAAACCCGUGCGACUGACGGAAGUUUUGAGUUUGUCAACUGCCGAUGCAUGUCAUGACCUGCUUAUGUGGGUUUCCUCUCCUGCGUUUGACCUGUCAAAGCUACAGCUGCUCGCAAUGAAGUGGUCAGACUGGCCACUUGGAAUUUCACGUCCUGCCACUUUCCCUGCACGUGAAAGCCUUUGUGCUCGCGUCGGUGGCACCUUAUCUGUGUUAGAUCUGGGCCACUCAAAUUCCGGCGGUUCUGAUAUUAUAUCUUUCCACCUCAUCGCUUCAAAUCUCCUCAGCCAUUUCACAGUCCUAACAGAAAUACAGCUGGAUCUCCCUGAUCUGCCCUAUCGAAACCGUUCCAUUUUACAUGUCACUGUGUCCCUUUUGAAAACUAUUACGGCUCCUUGCCUCCGUAUUAUCAAGCUCAACGCGAGAUCAUACGUGCCCGUACCCUCGGAAUGGCAGUUGCUCGACGAGCUUUUGGUCGUUGAAGCCGGGAAUGUGUUCCUCGACCCAGUCUAG